CAAAAAAAUACAAAAUUUUUAAAAAAAAUUUUUCUUUUGCAUAAUGAGUCGCAUUUUAAAAUCAUAUUUCUCCAAUUCUACAAAUUGUCUGCGUUAUUAUUCAAUUAAACAUGCAGCCAAAACACCUAUUAAAUAUACCAGUACAAUUAAUUUACCAAAAACAAAAUUCCCAACACGAUUAUCAGCAGCAAAGAGAACUGACAUUGAAAAGAGUUUAAUUGCAGGAUCUUUUUCAAAUGCCUAUCAAUACCAAAAAGAUAAUAACCAAAAACCGGCAUUUGUUUUGCACGACGGGCCACCAUAUGCCAAUGGUGAUUUACACAUGGGACAUUCUGUGAAUAAGAUUCUUAAAGAUAUAACCUUACGGCAGAAUGUAACUCAAGGUAGAAUGGUAAACUACAAACCCGGUUGGGACUGUCAUGGUCUCCCAAUCGAAUUGAAAGCGAUGUCAUCUUCCAAAUCCAAUCCAGAUCCAUUGACUAUUCGACAGAAAUCUCGGAAAUUCGCGAUGGAAACUGUGGACAAACAAAAAGAAGAAUUUCGCUCUUGGGGAAUUCUCUCCGACUGGGUGAAUCCCUCCAAUAUUUAUCUUACAUUUAGUCCAGCAUUCAUAUCAAAUCAACUUAAGAUGUUCUUAGAUUUCUUCAAUAGAAAAAUUGUCUAUCGGGCUCUAAAACCAGUUUACUGGUCGCCCUCUUCUAAAACUGCACUCGCUGAAGCUGAGCUAGAAUACGAUCCAAACUUUGUUAGCCCUUCUGUAGUUUUGCGAUUUAAGUUGUUAGAUAUUCCGCCAAGUGCAGAGGGAAACAAUAACACCUAUGCUUUGGUAUGGACAACAACACCUUGGACACUUCCAAGUAACCAAGCCAUUUGUUAUAACUCUGAACUGGAAUAUUCCCUGGUUUCACUGAGUAGUGACUCAGAAAAUCAAUACUUGCUAGCCAGCAAUUUGAUUGAAGAGUUUCAAAAUAUGACGGGAUUGGAAGUCAUUCAAAUUAAGACUAUUUCCGGAGAUUCAUUGAAAAGCUGCUCAUAUUCCCAUCCAAUUGAUGAUACACAAAAACUUCCAUUUCUGCCUGCCGGACAUGUUCAGGAUACAAAAGGCACUGGAUUGGUUCAUACUGCACCAGCUCAUGGUCCAGAAGAUUUCCUUGUGAGCUUGGAUCACAAAUUGCCUGUGAAAUGCUUUGUAAAUGAAAAUGGCAUCUACACUGAUGAAGCACCAUCAUUUUUGUCUGGAAAAAGUGUCCUCGGUGACGGCGAUAAGCUUGUUCUGGAACAUCUCUCUAAAGAUGUUAUAUUCUCGGGAACUUUUGCCCAUGCGUAUCCCAUUGACUGGCGAACUAAACAGCCUGUUAUUAUCCGUGCCAGUGAGCAAUGGUUCAUUAAUACAGAACAAAUCAGAGACAAGGCUGUUGAAGAAAUUGAAAAAGUUAACGUAUUUCCACGGGUCAACUCGGAAGCUAACAAGAAAGCUCUCAUAACCCAGGUGAAAAAGAGGCCAUAUUGGUGUAUAUCAAGACAAAGAGCAUGGGGUGUUCCCAUUCCAGUUUUCUAUGAUAAAGAAUCUGGAAAGGAAAUUGUUAAUGAGAAGAUCAUUGGACACAUUUGUGGACUUCUUGAAAAAGAAGGUAACAUUGAUUUUUGGUGGAAAAAACCAGUUGAAGAAUUACUAUCUGCGGAGCUCUUGAAAGAUCUGAAUCUCAAAGUUGAAAAUCUUGAAAAAGGAUCUGAUAUUUUUGACAUUUGGUUUGACUCUGGUAGCUCAUGGUCGAGUGUUCUUGAUGGGGAUAAAGUUGCUGAGUUAUAUUUGGAAGGUUAUGACCAAUUUACUGGAUGGUUUCAAUCGUCCUUAUUGACUAGUAUAGCAGCAAGAGGGUGCUCUCCAUACAAAUCUCUUUUUGUUCAUGGAUUCACAGUCGAUGAGAAGGGUCACAAAAUGUCAAAAUCUCUGGGGAAUAUAAUUUCACCUAAGGAUAUUACAAAGAAAUAUGGAACAGAUACCUUGAGAUGGUGGGUAGCAUCUCAUGGAACUCAACACAUGUCAAUUACAGUUUGUGAUAAGCUACUGCAACAUUGUGCUGAAAAUCUCAGUAAAAUUCGAUCGACUUUGAGAUAUCUAAACGGAGCAAUUGGAGAUCAUUCAAGAAGUACCAAUAAAAUUGAUUGUGAAAAUAAAUGUCUGACGCACUUGGAUCGAUAUCUUUUAAGUUGCAUUAAUCAAUUUGAAAAUGAGAUUCAAAAAAGUUAUGACUCAUAUGAGUACAAUAGAGUGACUGCGAAUAUUCUUAAUUUUGUCACAAAUCAGAUCUCAUCGGUUUAUGUGCAUUUAGUCAAAGAUCGUUUGUAUUGUGGCAAAAAUGAGCAAAUCGAAGGUGUUAAGAAAGUCCUUAGCAAUUCAUAUGAAGUUCUUUGUAAAUCAUUAUGGCCAAUUGUACCAUUUUUAGUUGAAGAAAGUUGGAGUUAUUAUGACAGCAGACCAUUUCAUGAAGCGAAAGUGCAUACAAAUCCAUCAUGGAAUGAUCCUAAAGUCGAAGAAAUAAUUGAAACUGCCUUUGAAGUGAAACGAUUGCUAAACAGACAUUCUCAGGAUGUCAACACUUGGCUUUUGAAAGUUAACGUCUCGUGUGGUUCUGAUAAAUAUGCACUUUUAAAGAACUUACAACCAACAAAGACUUCAACAAACUCUGAACUUUGUGAACUUUUACAAGUUUCGAGUGUUGAAUUAGUAGAAGAUCCUUCGCUUUCUGAUUGUACUGUGGCAUUGAGUGAAGAUGGCUCAAUUUUAUGUCCACGUUGUCGACGUUUUUGUGUUAAUAGUGAAGAUUCCAUCUGUGAACGUUGCGAACAGGUUUUGCAAAGCAGAAAUUAGUUUAAAGCUAAAUCAAGUAGUUAAGUUUUUUAAUUGUAAAUAAAAUAGAUACGAAAGGUAUUUAUGUUAUUGAAUACAA